AUGAGUGGCUCCACCAGCCAAGUUUCUCUGUCUCCCUUCAAUCAGCUACUGCAAGAGCCACAGAGGAGGCCGGCCACCAGUUCAGGAUCCGUCAUCGACCUGACAGGACCAGCACCGCCUCGAAUCCUUCAUCCGAGCACCCUGCCGAGCCAGAGCAUCGAAAUCAUCGAGGUCAACAGUGACGAUGACCAAGGCAACCAUGACGAUGACGACGUUCAGUUCAUAAGCGAGACCCCUGGCGAUGGGGGAAGCAAUAACAACCGCGGCGAGAGUUCGACCACAGGAGCACGAAGUCUUCAUAAUAUCUUCAUGGACCCUUAUCCUUCCGAUUACAUGCCACACUAUCCGCAACCACAACGGACGCCUGAGAGUGAACAUCGGAGGCUCUCACUAGCAAUCCUGCGCGACCUUCUCGCGGUCGAGACCAGGCAACAGCGGCAACAGGAGCGGCGAGAUCGUUCGGAUUUCGCGAACAUGUUCCAUAACUUCUUUGCUUACAGCCGCCGAUUCGACUCGACGCCACGGCGACGGCGUUCUCGUAUGCGAUCGCCACCAAUAUGGAACGACAUGUACAUGGGACCAGGCAUGCGAACAUCACCGACAUGGGAUGAGAUGGACCCGGAACCGGAGCCGAUGGAACCCAAGCCGUCUGUACCUGCUCGGCCUGGACAUACAAAGAGUCUCGCAGGGGAUGUCAUUGUUGCCUGCCCUAUUUGUGAAAAGGAACUGGGACACAAGGGCAAGGAUAAGACUACGUUGUGGGUGGUGACGGGUUGCGGUCAUGUCGUCUGCGAAGACUGCGUCGAAGUCAUGUUUACCACCAAGGUUCCCAUCAAACCAAGCAAGGGACGACGGCAGUCGAUCUCAAAGAGGGCAAAGGCCAAGGACAAGGGCAAGGGCAGAUGGACAGGCACAAUUAUGGAUGUGGAUGCAGAUGCACAGGAGGAGCAGGAUACUAUGCAAGGAGGUUCAAAUCAAGGUGUAUCUUCAGACGCAGUGAAUGCGGGUUUCAAGCUUGUCAAAAGGGCGACUGGAACGUGCCCCAGCUGUAAUCGGAAGAUCCGACGGGCGGUCAUGCAGCAGCUGUAUUUAUAA